UUAUUCAGUUGUAAAGCCGGUGAGAACCGCUCUGUCAUUUUUUUAACCAAUGAACGCUCGGCGGGAAAGACAUGUGGUCGUUAUUCACCAAUGACGAUACACAGAUUUGAAAUUGGAGUCUGCUCUUUAUGCAAGUUGUCUAAAGUUGUAUACAGUUGUGUUGAUGUUCUGUGUAAGUACUGUCAUUGUGAGUAUUUUUAAGUAAUUAUAUGUACGAAAUUGAAGAUUUUUCUUUGGGACAACACGAAUUAUUUACAGUAAAAUAUCCAUCUACUGUAAAUGCUUGUCCAGCCUCAAAAAUGGAUCUAUACUUAGGAUCAUCAACGUUUCAAGAAAUGCUGGAUAUAGAUAUUAAAAAUGAAAUGGAUAACGUAUUUGGCGGACAUGAACUAACAUUUAAUUUUGCCGAAUUAUCUGACGUAGAUGAUACUGGUUGUCUUGGUGAUGGUGACUCAAAUGUAUGGUUUUCAAACAACUCAAAUCAUUCCAGUUCGAAUUUAUUUGAAUUACGUAACGAGGGAGCUUCACGCAUGGUCAAUCCAAAUUCAGUAAUGCCAUUAAAUGUUUUAACACGAGUAUUAACGCCAACGCUGGCGUCAUCAUUGAAUCCUGAUGUUGAUACUCCAUCACCUAAACGUAGUCAUUUAACAUUUUCACCGGCAUCAAUCGAUCAAAAUAAUUCGAUCAAGCAUGAAGAUAUGACUGUUAGUAUUGUGAAAAAGGAUUUAACAGAAAGUUUAGAAAAAGUUGACGAACAACCACCUCAAAAACCUAUAAUCGAAGAGAAAAAAUUACUAAACAAUACCAUAAAUGAUCGAAAAGAAACACAAUAUUUUAUACAAACUAAACAAAAUUUACCUAAACCUAUUCAUAUAUUAACAACGAAAUCAAUGGCGCCCAAAAUUACAACACAAAAUGGCCAUAGUAUUCUUGCUAGCAAUAUUAAAGUUAGUACAAAUUCAAGGCAAGUACUUGUUGCAACGCCUACAAUUACAUAUAGUCAUUUGGAGAAUAAAAUAACACAUUCACAGAAUAGAUCGCAACAAAUUGUACAGAAUACUACAACGAUAAAUCGUAAAAAGAAAACACAAGAGGAGGAAGAGAAUCCGUUUCCAAAGCCUACAUAUAGUUAUAGUUGUUUAAUUGCAAUGGCCUUGAAAAACAGUCGAACGGGUAGCCUACCAGUAUCUGAAAUUUAUAAUUUUAUGUGUGAACAUUUUCCAUAUUUCAAAACUGCACCAGCUGGUUGGAAAAAUUCAGUGCGACAUAAUUUAUCCUUAAAUAAAUGUUUCGAAAAAAUUGAAAAACCCGCAGUGACUGGAUCACAGAGGAAGGGAUGCUUGUGGGCAAUGCAUCCAGAUAAAAUUAGUAAAAUGGAUGAAGAAGUACAAAAAUGGUCGCGGAAGGAUCCGGCAGCUAUUCGACGGGCGAUGGUAUAUCCAGAACAUUUAGAAGCGUUAGAACGAGGUGAAUUAAAAUAUGGUAGUGAAUCAUAUGGAGAUUCAAGUGGUUCAGGUGCAUCUGAUUCAGAGACCGAAGAACAUUGUGAUGAUAUCGAAUCAGAUAAUAAUAUUACAAUAAAAGAGGAAGAUAUUAAUUCUCAAUCAGAUUUUAUUGAAAUCAAUAGUUUAGGCGAUUCGUACGACGAAGCAAGUUUAACUGAUUUCGAUAACGAAUACGAAAGUGUUGAAGGUAAUUCUGAUCUAGUUGAAACUGAUGACGACGCCCUACGAAUGGAAAUCGCAUUGGCACAACAAGAACUAUUUAAUUAUCAAGCAGCUCAACAAUCAUCAGCACAAAAGCGUAUGCGGCUAUCGGCAAGUAAUGUUGAAUUUAUGUAUCAACCACUAACAGCUGGCCGGCGAAAAACUCCAUUAGUAUUAAGAAAUAAUUCGAACACAUCGUUUAUUGAAAUUAUUAGUGGUGAAUAAAACUAUUUGGUGAGUUUAUAAACAAAAACAUUGAGUGAUUUUUAUUUACUUUUUCCAAUUAGAAAGGAUUUUUUUCAAAAAUUUUCAUUUCACA